CAAGUUAUUAACUAUAGUAUAAAUGUUCUACUGAAUGAACAGUAAUAAUGAAUUAUAGAAUUAUCAAUGAAGUCAUCGUACGUACGCCUGUUACGUAGAUUAAAUUACCAAAGAAUAAGAAUAUAAAAAAAAAAUAAUCAACGUGAAGAUAGAACCAACAAUGACUUCAUAUAAUAUUGAAUGGGCAACGAAUUGUCGCUUGCCUGAAAUCUUAUCUUUCUUACACGAAAACUUUGAUAAAGAAGAAACUAUGCUGAAGAGCCUACGAGAUAAUAAUUGUCUAACAGCCGAAGACGAGGAACUAAUGAGGAUCGAUCACGAAAGAUUAAUCCGAGCGAUCUUUGCCUUUUCACCCUGCCUGAUUGCUGUGGAAAAAUCGUCGAAGAUAAUCGGCGUAAACCUCAUGAUCGUCAGUAGAAAUUCGAAGUUCGACGAUAAGGCUGAUGGAGUUUCUGCGGCGUUCACCAACAAUCCUCCUACAACGAGAUUAAUGAAAGAAUACUUCAAUUAUCUAUCCGAAAUCAGCGACAAGGCUGAACUGUUCGAUAAAUUUCCAAAUGCUAAAGCAGCCGUAGAAUUCUACGCGGUUGCUGUAGAUAAGAAUUACCGUAAGCAAGGUCUUUCGAGAGCGCUGAUGACUGAAGGAAUAUCGUUUGCGAAACAUAAGGUCCAGGAUGCUGGAUUUAUAUUCGGAGUAUACACGUCUCUGUACUCGAAAAAAGCGGCAGAGGCUCUUGGUUUAAAGAGCGUCAUGGACGUUGAUCUCUUAACUUACAGGGAUGCUGAAGGACGACCUAUUUUUCAAGACACCCCUCCACAUAAUAUUAUUUCUGUCAUGGUGUUACAACUUACGUAAAACCUACAAUAAAAUUAUUUAAAUAAA